UGCCUGCAAGGACUCUCUAGGUUGCUGGGUGGCACCCACAUUCCUAGACAGAACUGAAUUUAGUGAACCGCACAGGCGCGCAUCUGGGCUCCCGCCCGCAGGUUAAGAGGGGUUCCCGCCGGAGUGCGCCUGAGCUGAGAUUGCUUCCGGAAUGAGUGAGGAAUCUCUCAGCAUGACUGGGAAGCCCGUGCUUCACUACUUCAAUGGAAGAGGAAGAAUGGAGUCCAUCCGGUGGCUCUUGGCAGCAGCUGGAGUGGAGUUUGAAGAAAAACUUUUUGAAAACCGUGAAGAAUUUGAGAAGUUAAUCCAAGGUGGAACCCUGAUGUAUGAACAAGUGCCCAUGGUUGAAAUCGACGGAAUGAAUUUGGUGCAAACAAGAGCCAUCUUAAGAUACAUAGCUGGGAAGUACGGCUUGUAUGGAAGAAACCUGGAAGAACAGGCCUGGAUUGAUAUGUAUGUGGAAGGCAUGCGGGACCUGAGUGACAUGAUUAUGUUCUUUCCCCUCUCUCUGCCGGAGGAGAAGGAGAUGAAUCUUGAAUACAUCCUCCAUCGAGCCACAACAAGAUUCUUUCCUGUUUAUGAGAAGGCCCUAAGAGACAACAAGCAACAUUUUCUUGUGGGCAAUCGACUGAGCUGGGCUGAUGUGCAACUCCUUGAAGUCAUCUUAAUGGUUGAAGAAUGCAAGGCCGGUGUUCUCUCAGGCUUCCCUCUGUUACAGGACUUCAAGGUCAGAACCAGCCAGAUCCCUACAAUUAACAGAUUUCUCCAACCUGGAAGCCAGAGGAAGCCUCCAUUGGAUGAUGAGUCCAUUGGGACCGCGAAGGACAUAUUCAAAUUUGAACAAGGCAUGUUUCUUAAAAACAUGAGCACCAUAGUAGCUGAGUAUUAACAGACACAGAGGCCCAUGGAAGUCAGAGAACACUUUACACUGUGCGUGUAUCAAUGACCAGGUAAACAUCCUGGUGCUAUGUUGAUGAUGAGUGUGUAAGGAAAUAAACUACUGGAAACUUA